AUGAUUUCAAAGAAAAUAUGGGAGGCAAUUCGAGAAAAGGCGCAGACAUUGGAAUGGGCUCCUCUCGUUUGGUCAACCAGGAUAAUCCCACGACACCAGUUCAUCCUUUGGCUCACCUUCUGGGAAAGACUAAGAACUCGAGAUCGAAUCAACAAGUACAUGAACGUCUUGAACACGAGUUGUCCACUAUGUAACGAAAAUGAAGAAACCAUGAACCAUCUAUUUGGGAGCUGCAACAUUACUUUGGAACUUUGGGAUAGACUUGCAAAGAGCCUGAAACUGCUCAAUUUCCCGAAUGAAUGGAGCGAAAUCAAAGAGGUAGCAGUGCUCAAGGCAAAGGAAUUAGGUUUGCAACAAACGUUUUCAAAUGCGGAUUUGGAGAAGUAA